AGGGCUCGCUGCUGAAAAGCCUGCUGGAUCUUCCAGUGACCUGCUGUUCUUUCCUGCUUUCCUGUGUGUUUUUUUUUCUUCCCUUCUAGAUUUAGAUUAAAAACAAAGCCUGUUCCUCUUUCUCCUUGCCUUUUUAGACCUCAGCAAAGAAGCCCUGCAGUUUUGAGGUACUGUUACAAGGUUGUUACAAGACUCGAAUGGAGGUACGUGUUUGGUUUUGUAGCUUGUUGGGGACAUCUGCAGAAGGACAAGACUGGGGACAGCUGGACGUGAUUCGUCGGAAUUCCCUGCUCCUCCCGGUUUCCUGACCUGUCGGACUGAGAGCCGGACAGUAACAGUGUGGGACAUCAGGGAAUUCUGGAGGGAAAUCCAGUCCCAAGUGUGAGUAAAGGGACCUGUUUUUAGAAGACCCCCUGAUCGGAUACACUGACAGCCUUCUGCGGUUCAGAAAGAACAGAGCCGGGUUCCCAAACUCGAUUUGGGGCUCUGUCCCCUGGUGGAGGGGGGACACGGGAGUACAGAGAGUCAGCGCAUUGGCCGUCAAACCCAUAGCCGGCAUCCCUCCGGUGACCAUGUAUCCGCAGGGUAGACACCCGGUACCUCUGCAGCCUGGACAGUCAUUCAAGUUCACGGUGCUGGAGACUCUGGACCGCAUUAAAGAGGAGUUCCAGUUCCUUCAGGCUCAGUACCACAGUCUAAAACUAGACUGUGAGAAGUUGGCCAGCGAGAAGACAGAGAUGCAGCGCCACUAUAUCAUGUACUACGAGAUGUCCUAUGGGCUCAACAUUGAGAUGCACAAACAGGCGGAGAUCGUGAAGCGACUCAGUGCUAUCUGUGCUCAAAUCAUCCCUUUCCUCUCUCAGGAGCACCAACAGCAGGUUGUUCAGGCGGUGGAGCGUGCCAAACAGGUCACCAUGGCAGAGCUCAACGCCAUCAUAGGGCAGCAGCAGCUUCAGCACCUGUCUCAUCACACUCCAGGUAUUCCUCUUACUCCUCACCCUUCAGGUCUGUCUCUGGGGGGCACAUCAGGGCUGCUGGCCCUCACCGGAGCUUUGGGAGUCUCUGCCCACCUGGCCAACAAGGACGAACGCAACCACCUAGACCCCGAGCACCUGCGAGAAGGUGCACCCAGCAGGAGUAAAUCAGUGUCGUCUACUGACAGUCAGGCAGCGGAGGAUCGUCAGGGUCCGUCAGGGGUGUAUCCCUCACAGGCCAGCAGUGAUGCCAAAAGGAGACGGUGUGAUGAAAAAGACGUCCUCCCGUCUCACUACGACAGCGACGGAGACAAGAGCGAGGACAAUCUUGUAGUAGAUGUCUCGAACGAGGAGCCGUCGUCUCCUGUAGGCAGUGCCCCUCUGUCUCCACAUGGGAAUGGUUUGGAUCGAGCCCCGACCCUGAGGAAAGAGCUCCCAGGAUCCCCCAGUCCCCCUCCGUCCUCCCCACCGCACAGUCCGCCCCCCGGCAAAAACAAGGACACGGCACAAACAGAAAAAUCUCAGUCGCCCUCCUCUAAAUCAGGCAGUUCUUCUCCCUCUCACCAUGACACUCUCACACCGGGGCCCAGCACUUCCUGUUUACGCCUGGUCAACAAACCUGCCUCCUCGGCAGACCCUCUGGCUCUGCGGAGUCCCUUGACCAUGAUGCCCGGUUCUUACCCGGCUCACUUCGGGGUGGUGUCCCACGCUGGUCUUAACGGAGAGCUGGCCAGCCCGGGUGGGUUCGGAGGCUCACUCACCCUCUCGCCCCAAAUCAGUGCUGCAGCCAGUGCCUACACACGCAGCCCUAUGGUAGCGUACGAAUCUCGUUCACAUCUUAGGCCAUCAGGGCUGUCCUCCUCUCUGCCUGGCUCCACUGGUGGCAAACCUGCUUACUCGUUCCACGUGAGCGCAGAUGGUCAAAUGCAGCCGGUGCCCUUCCCUCCUGAUGCCCUCCUCGGCCCUGGCAUCCCUCGUCACGCCCGUCAGAUCCACACCCUCAGUCAUGGAGAGGUGGUGUGCGCGGUCACCAUCAGCACCUCCACGCGUCACGUCUACACUGGCGGGAAAGGCUGCGUCAAAGUGUGGGACAUCAGCCAACCGGGCAGCAAGAGCCCGAUGGCCCAACUGGACUGUUUGAAUCGAGACAACUACAUUCGUUCAUGUAAGAUUCUCCCAGAUGGACGGACUUUGAUAGUUGGGGGCGAGGCCAGCACGCUGUCCAUCUGGGAUUUGGCCACGCCUACUCCUCGAAUCAAGGCCGAAUUGACGUCCUCGGCUCCGGCCUGCUAUGCUCUGGCCAUCAGUCCGGACAACAAGGUCUGCUUCUCCUGCUGCAGCGACGGGAACAUCGUGGUCUGGGACCUGCACAACCAGACGCUCGUCAGGCAGUUCCAAGGUCACACAGAUGGAGCCAGCUGUAUCGAUAUUUCCAACGACGGGACCAAACUGUGGACAGGGGGUCUGGAUAAUACAGUGCGCUGCUGGGACCUGAGAGAGGGUCGACAGCUGCAGCAACAUGACUUCACCUCACAGAUCUUUUCUCUGGGUUAUUGUCCUACGGGCGAGUGGCUUGCAGUGGGGAUGGAGAGCAGUAAUGUGGAAGUGCUGCACGUCUCCAAACCAGACAAAUAUCAGCUGCACCUUCACGAAAGCUGCGUUCUCUCGCUCAAGUUUGCGUACUGCGGGAAGUGGUUUGUUAGCACGGGAAAGGACAAUCUGCUCAAUGCAUGGAGGACGCCGUAUGGAGCAAGUAUUUUCCAGUCGAAAGAGUCCUCGUCCGUCCUGAGCUGUGAUGUGUCACCAGAUGACAAGUAUAUUGUAACUGGCUCUGGGGAUAAGAAAGCCACGGUGUAUGAGGUGGUGUACUGAACACAAAGAUGGACGGAUGGAUGAACAAACAAUCAUGGAUGGCAUGGCGGGCAACCAUAGCUCUUCUGUUUGUGCUCCUUAUCUAGUCACAACCAUUUGAGAGAUAGACGGAGGCUUUGUUCAGAAUGGCAUACUUUUCAUACUUUUAUGCAGAAUGUAUACUGAGCACAGUAUGAAAAUUUUCUUUAUACAUAAAAUACCUAGUUGACGUACUAACAGUGCUGGGUAUUACAUGUAAUCUAGAUUACGUAAUCCGAUUCCAAAAAGUACUCAUAAUUAGAUUAUAAUGCAUUUUAAAAUGCUCUUAAUCAGAUUACAUGAUUACAUAAUAGUCACACAAUGGCAUUAAAUUAUACAUAAUUUAGAGAUUUUUCCUCUUUCCAAAAAUUUUGUAAACAGAAGUCAGAAUACAUAAGUAAAAUAAGUAACCUAGAUUGUAACUAACUACAAUUUUGUAAUCUGUAAUCAAUAAUGAACUACAAUUUGCACUGCAUUUGCACUUACAACCCAGCACUAAAAAAUUUGCCAAAAUGUUAUGUAUAAAAGACUAUGUGGCAUACGUUGUUGCUACAUCUGUAAGAAUUUUUUAGCAACAUAUUUUACUGGACAACGACAUUUGGACUAAAAUUGUAAAUGAACAAAGUGGACAGCCCUCACUAAAUUAAAUGUGCAACAAUGUACAGUAGCAUAUAUUACUAUACAUCUUAACAUUCUUUUGUUCUUAUAUUACAUACUUUUUAAAAUAGUAUGUAGUACACAGUAUAUAAAGAGAAAUAUGCAGUGUGCUGGUAUUCCAUUAUGAACCUAGCGAGUAAGUGGGGAGGAGAUAAUUAGAACAGUCUAAAUGCUAAAAAAGGAAAGCCCUACAGACAGCUGGUAUUCAGGGAGCUUCUACUUGCAGAAAUACCAAAACCAGACUAUCAUUUCAUUAGUCACAAACUCUCUCCUUCAAGAGAGCACAACAUCUUCCCUCCGGUGAGAAAAUACAGUUUUAAAGCUCCUGGCUCAUGCUGGAGCAUCUCUGGAUGAACACGAUAUGGGCGUACAAACCCAACCCAAUUAGACAUUCAUGUGGCAAAUCCCAGUUGAAUUUUCUAACCUGCAUUUAAUUUCCUCCUUCCACAAGUCGGUGUGUAAUGAGGAGCAAGGGUAAAUCAUGCAGGAUUCGUGUGGCAAAUAUUCACAACCACGACCGUUAUUCGUUUUAAUUCCUGUGGAUUACCAUACAGAUGUUGUGCUCAUUUGCGGUUUAAUGCUCAUUUUCAUGUCAUUAAUUAUCUUUUAGCUUCGCAUGGGGAAAUCUUUUCGUGAAUGUUCUACUCGAGUAAGAUGAUGCAAAUACCUAAAUAUUCAAAAUUAGAGUAUGGUACAAGUAAUAAAAAAAACUGUAUGAAUUGUUCAAAUAUAUACAGUAAUGUUAUGUUUAAAGCAGAACAAUUAAUAAGAAAAAUAGGUUCAGAGAAAUAAAUCAUGUAAUCAACACAGCAUGGAACAAAAUGCAGUUGUCUAUAUUGAAGAUUAUAUUAUAAUAAUUGAAGUAUUGCAAUGUCAUGCAAUUAAUUUAAAUGCAUUUUUUUUCAUACCUGAAUUCUUCACAAAGUAAACAAGGGCAAUGCUUGAAAAUCUGAGAGGUCCUAGCACAUAGCCCUGUAGCACUCCAUUAGUAAGAAUAGCUGUGGUUGUCAGCCUGACCAGGAAUGUUCAGCGAGAGGCUCUACAGGAUUCAUCGAUCACAUGCACCAAACAUCCUGCUGGGAACAGAUUUUUCUUUUUUAAUUAGUUUUGUUCUUUUUUCUUUUGAUCUAUAAAGCUUUUCUCAGCACUGGAUGAACCAUUUUUUGCUUGUGAACAGGAGUUGUAUUAUUAGGUUCUUUCUCUUUUUUAUGGCAAUAGUAAGCAGUGUUUCUACAGUGAUUUUAUCAGUCUUUUUAUUAUGCAGAAAGUUUUUUUUCUUUUUUCUUUUUUUUGAAUAGCUGAAAAUAUGGCUGCCUGCAAACAGUGGCAUUUGUCCGUUUCAAGACAGACCGUCUCUACUGCGCAAUCUGUCUUUGACAUCAUGCUAUCUGAAUAUCUGUAUCUAUCUACACUUAUAUAAAGCAUUGUUUGUAUUCUGAGAAAAAUGUUCACCGUCACAAUUUUGUUGAGGACGCUCUCUCUCGAAAGCCAAGGAACUUUUUCGAAGGUAUCGUUGUGAACUCCCUGUAGCACUUCCCAUGUGAUGUAAAAGACAUGUAUACAUUGACAAAUUAAACUUGUGGUCAUCUUUAA